AUGGAAUCCGUCGAAGAGAUAACCGGUCUGACCAUGGAUGUCAUGGCAACAAGACUCCGCGACGUUGCGCUCUAUGCUCAUCUGCACCGCAUCUCACUUGAGAACGUCGAGUCGAAUCGUUACGAAAUCUUUCGAAACGCAAUUAGUCGCAUAUUGAGGACAGAAGCAGCGCGACAAACCUAUGCACAACUCGUUGAUGGCCUGCCGAUCGCGGAUGUGGCGUGGGACCGACGAUACCCUGGAAUCUUUGGUUACGAGCACCCGAUUGAGGACCACAACGAGCUUUGUCCAGGGGCAGAGCAGAAGAUCAGUGACUUCAUUCAAGACUUCGAUGUCAAUUCGCUUCUUUUUGAUCCGAAGCUCAUCCAAGCCUAUCAAAAUGCUAACAUCGGGUCCAAAGCUUUCAACACCCGCCUGGUCGAGCUUGUCGCCGUGGCAUUGCAUCAGAUCGCUGCAUACCUCUUCAAGCGGCGUGACUUGUACUCACAUGAUGAGGAUGAAAUAAAGAGAGUCACCGAUUACGUGAUGCCGCGGCCACUAGCUGCAUGCGACACGGAUCGUGAAGGGGCAGGCUGGGUUGAUGUUCCACCAAGGCCCACAUUGUUUAAUCAUGCUUAUUACCUCGACCACGAUAUUUAUCCCGAAGGUAUUGCAGACAUAGCGGGUUAUUGGGCCGAGGAUCGGAUUAUUGGGGGCGUUGUGUUGUUUGACAGACGAGCAGAUCCUCGCGCAGCGGGAGAAAUUGAAGAUGCCGAGGUGGACAACGGAGACACUUUGCCGAAUAUCUGGGUCCAUCCAGGUCGUGACCGAGUGACGGAACGAAUCUAUCAGCUGCGUGACGAGCAACAAAAGGCAAUUUUUGACUACCUGCUUGCCGAAGACGAGAAAGAGAAUCCACUACCUAUACUUCCUGACCGCCACAACCGCACGCGGCUCGAUUCCUCCAUCGCGCACACACACAAACGUGUGUACAGGGACCCUUGGGAUCGCAAGCCUUUUACGCAGGAGGAACUAAGAUUUCUUGAGCGAAGGCCGCAAGACGAGGGGGAUUACCCCGAAAUUCGAGACAUGAUGAACCACAUGGAAGCGGAGUUGGCGAAACAGGAGGCUCAACGUGAUAGUCCGAAGUAG